GUGAUGCCAUUCGGCUUCAUCAACACACCCGCUACGUUCCAGAGGGCGAUGAACGACAUCUUCAGGGACAUCUUGGAGCAGUACGUUCUCGUCUACCUCGACGUUAUCCUGGUCUACAGUCGUACCCUUGAGGAGCAUCUCGGCGACGUCCUCGACCGCUUGCGCAGACAUGGCUUCUACGCCAAGCUGAGCAAGUGCCGCUUUGCCCAGCACAAAGUGGAUUUUUUAGGACACUACGUGUCUGACCAGGGUCUCCACAUGGACGACGCGAAGAUCACUGUUGUUUCGGAGUGGCCCGUCCCUACAUCUGUCGAGCAGCUUCACAACUUCCUAGGCCUCACUAGCGACUAUAGUAAUUUCAUCCAGGGAUACGCUAGGUAUUCCUACGUCCUUACGUCCACCCACCUCUGGAAGAACCCGCCAUGGGCUUGGACACCCCUCCACGAGGACGCCUUCCGCGCCCUCAAGAAGGCGGUGACAUGUGCACCGAUUCUUCGCCUACCCGAUUUUGAUCGCCCUUUUAUCCUUACCACCGAUGCGACAGACUUUGUUUUAGAGAGCCAGAACCAGGAACUGCAGCAACAGUACCAGAAUCUGAAGAAACAGCACCAGGAGUUGGCAAACCUCCGCCGGACAGUGCAGAGCCACGAGGAUGCUACACGGGCACUCAAUUCCCGUGUACUGGACCUGGAGCAAGCUGUACCAGGACCAGAUGCUGGUGUGUCCAGCAGUGAACCCUCUAACCGCCAACUGGAGGAACCCGUCGACCACGUCGUCGCAAUGCUCGGCGACAUCAGCACCUUUGCUGCGCCAACCACCAUCAGCAGUCGAAUGGAUACCUUGAAGAUCGAGGUCCAGCAACUGCAGUUGCCGAACAAGGAAGGCAACAACACAACGUAUUACAAGAUGCCAACUUUCCAGAUUGAGAAGUUCGAUGACUACACGCAUCAAGACCCGAUCGAAGAAGCGUCCUGCAGCGCUUUGAUCGAUUGCGGAGCAUCUCGCAACUACAUCAGCCAGGACUUCAUGGUGCGCGUUGGCCUUGGCCCACACGUCCGAAGGAAGCCCCAGCCUACGCAAGUCACGUUGGCGGACGGUCACACGCACAAGUCAAUCGACCGGUGCAUCGAUGACGUCCCAGUGUACUUUGCUCCUCACGCAAGUGAGGCGGUGUCCUUUGACAUUCUGGACACCAAAUUCGACAUGAUCUUGGGCAUGUUAUGGCUGCGAAGCGAGGAUCACCCGGUGAACUUCUACCACCGCACCGUUCACAUUCGUGAUCGGAACGGAGUACUAGUCUCAUGCACGGUGCCUCUUCCUCAUCCUUCGAUCAGCUCCCACGUGGUAUCCGCCGCAAGCAUGCGAGCUUCCAUCAUCAGAGACGACAUCGAGGAGAUGGGGGUGUGUUUUCUCCGCGCCCUCCCGCCCUAUGACGCUUCAUCGACGGACUCUUCUUCGGAUCCACACAUCACUGAGCUUCUCGACGCCUACGGCGACGUGUUCGAAGGUCCGCAUGGAGUAGUACCGGAUCGGCCCAUUCGCCACGAGAUCAUCCUCGAGGACGGGGCCGUACCUCCGCGCGGUUGCAUCUACCGAAUGAGCGAGGAAGAGUUAAGUGUGCUUCGGGCACAACUCGACGACCUUCUGGAGAAAGGUUGGAUUCAGCCUAGCUCAUCGCCAUACGGUGCUCCUGUUCUCUUCGUCCGGAAGAAGAACAAGGAUUUGCAGUUGUGCAUCGACUAUCGCAAGCUCAACGCGCAAACGAUCAGAAACGUCGGCCCUCUCCCAUGCAUCGACGACCUUCUCGAACGACUGGGCGGCGCCAAAUUCUUCUCCAAGCUUGAUCUCAAGUCGGGAUAUUACCAACUCGAGAUUCGGCAGGAGGAUCGCUACAAGACCGCGUUUAAGACGCGAUAUGGGCAUUUCGAAUGGUUGGUUAUGCCAUUUGGCCUUACGAAUGCCCCGACCACUUUCCAAGCGGCUAUGACAACGGAGUUCCGACACAUGCUGGAUCGAUACGUGCUUAUCUACCUCGACGACAUCCUGGUGUACAGCCGGAGUUUGGACGAGCAUGUGGAACACUUGCGCACCGUUUUGGAGCGGCUACGACAGGUUAAGUACAAAGCCAACCUCGACAAGUGCGAAUUCGCGCGGCAGGAGUUGGAGAACUUGGGACAUAAUGUGACUCCGCAAGGCAUCCGUCCGCUUGCGGACAAGAUCGAGGCCCUACGAGUAUGGCCCGAGCCCACCAACACCACGGGCGUUCGUUCAUUCAUGGGAUUGGCGGGCUACAAUCAGCGAUUCAUCAUCGGAUACUCGAGGAUUGUUGCACCUAUGACGAGAUUACAAUCGCCAAAGGUGCCAUUCGUAUUCGAUGACGAUGCACGCCGGUCAUUCCAAGCACUUAAGACGGCUAUGCUCAUGGCACCCGUCCUUAGCAUCUAUGACCCCACCCUGCCGACGAGAGUGACUACGGACGCUUCCGGCUAUGGCAUUGGGGCCGUCUUGGAACAGCACGACGUUGACGACUGGCACCCUGUGGAGUAUUUCAGCCACAAAGUGCCUCCCAUCAACUCGCUUGAUGAUGCAAGAAAGAAGGAGCUGCUCGCAUUCGUCAUGGCUCUCAAGCGAUGGCGGCACUUCCUCCUUGGGCGUCGUAGGUUAAUAUGGGUUACGAACAACAACCCACUGACUUACUACAAGACGCAGGAUACGCGACACUUCAUCCGGGGCUACGAGUCUGAUCCAGACUUCGCCACGCUAUAUGCGCAACUACCUUCGGAUCACCCGCCGGCCAGCCACUAUCGCAUCGCCGAUGGGUACUUGCUCCUGCACUCGCGGGGCAAGGACUUACUAUGUGUCCCACGCGACCGCCGUCUUCGGACUCGCCUCCUCGGCGAGUAUCAUGAUUCGCGACUCGCCGGCCAUUUCGGAGUCAACCGCACUAUUGCACGGCUUCGACAGCGAUUCCGAUGGCCCGACCUCAUCACCGAUGUCACGAGGUAUUGCGACUCUUGCGAAGUUUGCCGACGAAGCAAACCCCGCAACCGCAACCCCUACGGCGAGCUGCGCCCGAUGCCGAUCCCGCAGGAACCCGGUCUCUCCAUUGCCAUGGAUGUCACCGAACAAUUCCCCUGCGACCGCCUUGGACAUGACUGCAUCCUCACGGUCGUGGACCGAUUGAGUAAGUACGCGCGUUUUCUCCCUUGCAAGUACUACUCCACGGCUCCCGAGCUGGCACGCCUCCUGCACACCGGCUGGAUUUGCGGCCAUGGUGUACCGGAAGACAUAGUCAGCGACCGCGACACUCGCUUCAUGUCGGCAUUUUGGACUGCACUCAUGCAGGAGUCCGACACGAAGAUGAAGCCAAGUUCGGCUCGGCAUCCACAGACAGACGGGCAGAAGGAGCGGGCACAUCAGACCGCUCAAAUGAUGCUUCGUAUGCUCAUCCGUCCGGACCAGAAAGAUUGGGUUGAUCGCCUCCCCGACAUCGAGUUCGCCUACAACACUUCGGUGCACCCGGCGAUCGGCGGGACUCCUUUCGAGUUGCACCACGGUGGACGGAAAGGCCUUAUCUUUGUCGACCUUCUCCUCCCACGACCAGCCGACAUCAAUGUCGCUUGCUCUCCCGCUUCCGUCCGGAAGUACAGGGAAUUGCUGGCUCAAGCCCGCGCGAAUAUGCAAAAGGCUCAAGUCCGCAUGCAGCAGCAAGCCAACAGGCAUCGCGUGCCAUGUCCCAUCCGCGCCGGCGACCUGGUUUGGGUUUCCGCGGAAGAGUUUGCACUGGAACAGGAUUUUCUCUUUCUUGUAUUCAUUCUUCAUUUCUGUCAGGAUCGUAUGAUCCAUUAUGUCGAUGUGUUCGAAAUCGGGAAUAUCAUUAAAGCAGACUGGAAGCUGCAGAUGGACGCUGCCCCUGAGACAGAAAAACCGCAGUAUCAGUUUUUCUACGAGAAAGCUUUGAAGAGGGAGGAGGAAGAGAAAGAUAGAGAGAGAAGGGAUAAGGUGCAGGCUCAUGAGGCCGUCUUUAGCACCGUGUCCGCUCUGACUGAUGAGGAGGUAGAAGAGAAAACGGUUACCCUCCUCAGAUCCUUGGUGGAGGUCCGGGUUGCUGAGGACCAUACUGGCCAAUUCGCACAGGUGUUUAAGCAGCUCAAGGAGUUGCGCGAAGACACGGCCAAAAUGGUGCAGCGGCACCGUGACCAGCUGCAACAAUUUGCUAGUUCGCAGCAGGCUCAGGUUGUCUCUCCACUCACCUACCCUGCUUCCAACGCUGCGUGUCAGUCCAGUUUUGCCCCUCUGACUAUGUCUACUUCUUCACCUUCUACUUCUUCUUCUUCUUUGAGUGUGGGUAACAGCCAAAGCGGAUCUGCAGCAAGUCCAGACCCCGCUGAUGCUGCUGCUGCUGCAGCGGCAAGUGGUUGUGUAGGGAAUUCUGGAACUGUUGCAGUCCCGAGUCCGGACCCAGCAAUGGCUGGGCCAAGCGACACUUUGCUUACAUCGACAGGAAGGCGGCGCAGAUUCCGUCCAACUAAAGCAAGACUCAAGCUUGACAAGCUCAAGCACAACAAGUGGACUGGCACCAUGCACAACCUGCAGCAGUAUGUUAGUAAACUCUUUGCUACUCCGGAUCUGGAGAUGACUGCGCAGUCUUGUUUGGAUGUGAUAAAAGUUCUGCAACAAGAUGACGGCGACGGCCUACGUCCGCUAGAAUUUUACAGCAAACGUAUGCCCAGUCACAAGGUAGCUGCCUCCACUUACAUGCGAGAACUCUAUGCCUUGAGAGAGGCACUAGACCACUGGAAGCACUACCUGUUGGGUCGCCAUUUCAAAGUGUUCUCAGACCACGAGACCUUGAAAUGGGUUCAGACACAGAACAAUCCCUCGACUACACUGACCCGGUGGCUGCAUGAGUUUGUUGUGUAUGAUUUUGAAAUUAAGCACAAGAAAGGUUGUUAUAAUCGAGUUGCGGAUGCUUUGUCGCGCCACCCUGAGUACAUGACUUGCCUUGUGGGUUCCGACGACCUGCGUAAAAAUCUGAAGGAGGAACUCAUACAGCAUACUGCCAAGGAUCCGGAACUCAGUCCCAUCCUUAAGCAGAUUCGGGUUUACCCUAGCAGUCAGCCUGAUUUCCAUGAAUGUAAGGGCCUUCUCUUCCGACGUUACGGGAAGCAUGACCGAUUGUGUGUGCCCAACCAUGAGCCGAUCAUGACUAACUUCUUGGAUUUGGCUCAUGGCCGGAGUGGACACUUCGGUGUUGAGAAAACAUACGGAAAUCUGUUGGAAAAGUUUAUGUGGCCUGGAAUGAAAAGAAUGACACAAAGGUUUGUGGCUGAGUGUGAAGUUUGUCAGCGCAUCAAGUCGUCUCGACAGAAGCCCUAUGGGCUGCUGCACCCUCUCCCUAUUCCUGAUGGUCCAGGUGAGUCGGUUUCCAUUGACUUCACGGACAUGGGAAAGAAGAGCAGAAACGGUUAUUCACAAGUAAUGGUGAUCGUCGAUCGUUUUUCCAAAUUUCUGAAUCUAAUCCCAUUACCACCUCAUGCACCAACUGACCUUGUGAUUGAAGAAUUUAACAAAAGGUACAUUCCGCAGUGCGGGCCCCCGAAGACGCUUGUGAGCGAUCGGGAUAUCAGGUUCAUAAGUGCAGAUUGGAAAGAAUUCACCUCCCAGACCUAUGACAUGAAACUCAAGAUGACGCCUGGUCGACACCCCGAAGCCAAUGGACUGGCCGAGGAGAUCAACCAGACCGUGAUCCAACUUCUCAGGGCUCUUAUCGUGCCUGACCAGAACUCUUGGGAUGAGGAGUUGCCGAUUGUGCAGGGGUUUCGAACCGUUUUGCGCAAGACUCAAGACACCGUCAACGACACCAUCGCCCGAUGGAUGGCUUUUAUCGACGAGUUCAACUUCUUUCCCGAUUACAUUUUGGGGAAGUCGAACCGUUUUGCGGAUGCUCUUUCACGGCGUCUGGAUUAUUAUACCGCAAUCUAUUCGACCUUCGAGAUCGGCGACAACCUGCGGGACAGCUUCAUCCGCAGCUACAAAGCGGACCCCGAGUUUCGCGACAAGUAUGUGAAUUGCUCCUCACCUAAUCCGGGGCCUUCGCAUUACCGGACCCAAGAGGGGUACUUGCUUGUCCACACGCGUGGUAAGGACCUUCUUUGUGUGUCGAGUGACUUUGACUUGCGUACGUGGCUUCUUGGCGAGUUCCAAGACGCUCCCGCCACCGGACAUUUUGGAGUCAAUCUCACGAUUGGCCGACUCCGCGAGCGCUUUUGGUGGUCCGGUCUUCUCGACGACGUCGCACGCUAUUGCGAGUCAUGCGAGGUUUACCGACGUUGCAAAUCUCGCAAUUACCGUCCGUACGGCGAGUUGCGACCAUUACCAGUCCCCUUGCGCCGAAGGGAAGCGAUUGCCAUGGACAUCGUUGGGCCGUUCCCCAAGCACAAGACUGGCGUGGAUGGGAUUCUCACGGUGGUCGACCGACUCACGAAGUUUGCCAUGUUCUUGCCUUGUCGUUAUCAUGCCACGGCACUGGAGUUGGCCGAAGUUCUUUACAAACUAUCUGCCCAACUAAUGAGUGGAUCAGAUCCUGUUGAUGAUAGAGCAGACAAUAGAAGACUUACACGUGCAGAUGCACUAAGGGUUCCGCACGUGUUCAGGACCUUGGACGAGGGAGAAGAAAGACGGCUUCGUGCCGAACGUAGAGCCCGUGCUCUAGCAGCAGGACUACAGGAAGCAAACAGAGUAGCAAGAGAGCGGGCAACAGCAGCCAGAGCAACAACAAUGGCUAACGGUACCAGCUCUGCUACGUCAUCGUCUGUGUCCUCGUCAGGGAAUAGUGGGACUCAGUUGGGAAUGUCAACGAGUUCUACAAGUUCCUCGGGCACUUCCGGUUCAACAGGGUCUAGACAGUCUUCUAGUCAAAUGGCGGGCUUGCAGUUCAGCCCGUUGACCGCGCGUGAGAGGGAGCUCAGAGAGAUCCAAGAGGUCGAGAGGCUUCGCCAGCAGUUAGAGGAGGAUCUGAAGAAAGCAACCGAUAGAGAAAAAGAGAUAAAAAGUAGAGCAGCCAGACUUGAUACGUUAGAGGCUGAUAAGGCUGCGUUAGAGGGAUCGGACGAAUCAAGUUUGUCUGACCCCUUGAAAGUGUUGAGGGACAACAUGUUGUCACUGCAUGCGCAUGUAGACAGCAGGAUGGACUUCAUGCAAAGCACUUUGGACCAGAUCCUGGAUGCAUUGACAAAGCCAGGAUUCCGGCCACCAGCACAAUCGCCGUUGCCGUUAACGGCGAUGUCAGGUCCCUUUGCCGUACAAAUUGGCACACAACCAAGUGUUUGGGUGAAGUCCAAAAGGACCUUGCUUGAGGAUGAAGUGGUAACUGCGGCGUCUUACCUAGAGGGUAAGGCAGCCAAAUGGUUAGAUGGUGUAGUUGUGAAGGCCGGGUAUGGGCGACGCAUGGCGGAUUGGGCUAAGUCAUUGACUUUAGACCAAUUCAUGGAGAUGGUAGAAGCUCGAUGGCAUAACCCCCAGGAGGCUCAAAGGGCCAUUGAUGCCAUUAACAAACUUGACCAACGCAAGUUCAGUGCUGUCAAGAAAUUGCAUCUGGGCAUGAAAGUUCAGCAGCUGCAGCAACCGCUGCUGGUCAGAAUAGGUGACUCCACUGUUCUCACUAUCAGGGAGAAGGUUAGGGGUAUCCCUGUUACCUUCGACAGUGCUGGAGAGGUCGGACAUAGUCUGAACUUCUACAUAUUCCCUGAUUUACCCUUUGAUCUAGUGUUCUCGGUGCAGUGGCUAAGGGCAGUCAACCCUAGGAUCGACUGGCAGAUCCCUAAGAUUGAGCUCCCCAAUGGGCAGGGGGUGUAUCAGACUUGCAGAAUUGCUACUGAACACCACCCUAAAACUAGUUGCUAUUGUUUGAGAGCGAGGGAGUUCUAUUCUCUCUCGCGCCUGUAUGACCAUGAGCUUCUGUUUUUAGCUCUGGUCAAGCAAACGAACGGUCCACCUGUUUCCUGUCCUCCUGAGAUACAGCAGGUUGUGGAUCAGUAUGCGGAUCUGAUGCAGGAGCCCUUUGGAUUACCCAACCGGCCAACCAAGCAUCACAUUGAGCUACUACCUGGAGCUGUCCCUCCCAAGGGCCGCAUCUACAGGAUGUCCCCUGUUGAGCUUGAGGAGCUUAGAAGACAGCUAGAGACCCUGACCAGCAAAGGCUGGAUACGGCCGAGCACAUCUGAAUUUGGCACAUCAGUGCUCUUCGUCCCGAAAGGGAAUGGAGAAUUCAGAAUGUGCAUCGACUACAGAGGUCUCAAUAAGAUCACUAGGAAAAGUACAGAACCUCUUCCUAGGAUCGAUGACCUCCUGGAUAUGGUGCAGGGUUGUACAGUAUUCAGUAAAGUCGACGUCAAAUCUGGUUACCACCAGAUUGAGAUGGCAGAGGAGGAUGUCUACAAGACAGCCUUCAAGACGAGAUAUGGGACUUACGAGUUUCUGGUCAUGCCAUUUGGACUUUGCAAUGCCCCAGGUACCUUCCAGACUGAGAUGCACCGCAUCUUCAGGCCUUACCUGGACAAGUUCAUGAUUGUCUACCUAGAUGAUAUCCUGGUAUUCAGCCGGACUGCCAGGGAACAUGCAAAGCACUUGACUCUAGUUCUUCAGUCGUUACGCGACAGCCAGUAUAAGAUUAACAGAGAGAAGUCCUCCUUUGGAGUUCCCUCUGUCAUCUAUCUGGUUCUUCAGCAGGAUGAUGGGAAUGGUCUACAGCCUAUAGAGUUCAUGAGUAAGAAGAUCAAAACUCAGAAGCUUCGUGACUCUACCUACGAGAAAGAGCUAUAUGCUCUUGUCUGUGCCUUGAAACAUUGGAAGCACUUUCUCCUGGGAAGACACUUCAAGAUCUUCUCUGAUCACUCCACUUUACAGUGGAUGAAGUCCCAGGGAGAGUUAAAUGACAAGUUGGCACGUUACAUUCAGUUCAUCGACAUGUUUGACUUUGAACUGAAGCACAAGAAGGGAUGCUACAAUAAGGGAGUGUAUGUUAUCAGCAUUAACACCAUCCUGGUUACUGAUUCUUUCUUACAGGCUGCAGGGGGUGGUGGUGCAAGCAGCGGAGCAGUUGUUGGCGCUUCUGCAGAACGUGCUAGUGGAUCGCAAAAGGCGUCAUGGCUCGUCGCUCGUUUUCUGAGCGAUGCUUGUCGGUUGGUGGGCGCAGUUCCACGGGAGAGGGAUGGCGACAUGGAAAGGAGAACUCCUGAAGCAGGGGAGGGUUCACGGCGUAGAACGCUUCAAACCGAGAGUCCAAAGCUCAAGCUUGCAAGUGGCGAAGAGAUCUUGAUUCCAAAAGAAGGCGGAGGACCAGUUGCUGAGUUUGGACUAGGGCCUCAAUUUCGCCCAGUGGGAUCUCGUAGAACUCUUGGUGUUACGAGCAGGCCCCUUCCAGCAACAGAAGCUGCGGACACAAACCCGAACCGAAGCACAACUGCAAAGGAGGAGGAGGUGAUUACUGCUGCAUCUUACCUUGAGGGUAAGGCAGCCAAAUGGCUGGAUGGAAUAGUAGCGAAGGUCGCGUACAGACGACGCAUGGCAGAUUGGGGUAAGACCCUUACAUUAGAAGAGUUCUUAGAUAUGGUAGAAGCUCGUUGGCAUAAUCCGCAGCAGGCACAAAUUGCCACUGACGCGAUGUUGAGACUGGACCAGAGAAAGUACAAGUCGGUCAGAGAGCUAACGACUACCGUAGAGAACCUCAUCGUUGUACCCGGUAUACGCUAUGAUGACCGGGUCUUAUUGACCAUGUUUCUGAGAUGUUUGCCCGAGAAUCUAAGAAAUUUGCUGGCCAGCGAGGCUCGCCUCGAGUAUCAUUCGUUUGAGACCUUCUAUAGAAAGGCCUUAGACUUAGAGGCUACUCUAGGAAGUGUUCAGCCUACUCCAGUAGACGGGAGGAAGAAGAAGAGUCCACAGGAAUGGAAGAAGAAGGGUAGUAGAUUGAUGAUGGUUGAGUCCGAUGGGACCCAAACUGAAAUCGAAGAGCUUACCGACCCGAUGGACAGUUCAGAGUACGGCGGCAAGGAAACCGUUGAGGGUAACACCCUCGCCGCAGUAGUAAAGACUAAGGCAGCCUUAGAAGAUUUAGAAAGUGAGUGGUCAAGCAAGGACCCUCGCGAAUCUUGGGUGGCACUAAGUAGAGGUCCUCGAGGGGAACAUUUCGUUGUGGAAGUUGCUGUAGGAGGCCGCAAAUGUGGUGCCUUCAUAGACAUCGGCUCCACGCGGAAUUACAUAAGUCGCGACUAUUUGGAAAGGCUGCACCUAAAGGACCGGGUACAACACCUUAGUAGACCGGUAGCAUCUACUUUGGCCAAUAAGGAGCGCAUGGUUGUCACAGACUAUGUCAAGGGUGUAGUCUGUACCUUCUCCUAUGGAGGAGGGGAACUUAAUCACAAGAUUUCGUUCCUGGUUAGCGACGACUUACCAUUUGAUAUGCUGUUAGGAAUGUACUACCUUGAGGUUGCCAAGCCUCAGUUUGACUGGGACAAGAAGGUGCUAAAGCAUAAGUUGCAGGAUGGAAGGACCGUGAGACUGGCUAAGUAUAAGGCUAGUAGCUUAAUUGAAUCCUAUGGCUGCUUGUGCGCAUCAGCGCUCUACAAUUAUUAUAAACAGAACCAAGAGGAGGGUAUGUACCUAGUGUAUGUCUCUGAGAAAGGGGAGGCCGUUAAAACACCCUCAGAGAUAGAACACGUCGUUGCUAAGUUCCCCAAUCUGUUUGAGGAGCCUACAGGAGUUGUAGAAAGGGAGAUUGUUCAUGCCAUAAAAAUCAUUCCAGGGAGUAAAACCCCAAAGGGAAGGAUCUAUAGGAUGGCUCCGACCGAGUUGGACGAGCUCCGACGACAACUGAAAGAGCUUACAAAGAAGGAUUGGAUACGGCCAAGUACUUCCCCCUUCAAAUCUCCAGCUCUAUUUGUACCGAAGAAGGGAGGAACAUUGAGGAUGUGCAUUGAUUACAGAGGCCUCAAUGCCAUCACAGUGAAAAACACAGAGCCUCUAUCUCGCAUAGACGACCUAUUGGAUAGGGUGCAGGGAUGUAAGUACUGUAGCAAGAUAAACUUCGAAUUCGGCUACCAUCAGAUUGCUAUAAGACCUGAGGAUCAACACAAGACUGCUUUUCAGACCCGAUAUGGUCUGCAUGAGUUUGUAGUGAUGCCCUUUGGCCUUCGCAAUGCGCCGGGUACAUUCCAGCACGCCAUGAAUAAGAUUUUUCAUGACUACUUAGAUAAGUUUGUCGUUGUGUACCUUGACGAUAUUCUUAUCUUUAGUAAGUCUGUCGAGGAGCAUGCACAACACGUUGAGACUAUACUUUCACUCCUGCGACAGCACAAGUAUAAGGUCAACUUAGAGAAAUGUGAGUUUGGUCGCACUAAGAUCUUGUACUUGGGUCAUGAAGUAUCCGCGGAAGGAAUUAGGCCGGAAGAUGCGAAGGUGGCUAGUAUCAGGGACUGGCCACGACCUCAGACUGUUACUGAGGUCAGAUCUUUCUUAGGAAUGUGCGGCUACUAUAGGAACUUCGUGAAGAACUAUUCCACAGUCGCCUCUCCUUUGACUAAUCUAACUCGACUUGACACGCCGUGGGACUGGAGUGAUGAGUGUGAGGCUGCUUUCAAACGACUGAAGCAUGCACUCAUGAAUCAUGAGGCUCUCAUUGCUGGCUCAGCAGGAUGGAAGAAGUUGAGACCGAUUGAGUACAUGAGCAAGAAAAUGCCAUCAAAGAAACUGGCAAAGUCCACCUACGAAAGGGAACUCUAUGCUCUCUAUAAGGCACUUGGCCAUUGGAGGCACUUUUUGUUGGGACGGUUCUUCUAUUUGAGAACUGACCAUCAGACCCUUAAAUGGAUCAAGACUCAACCGACUCUUUCUGCACUCAAGCGCUGGAUUGAGGUCAUAGAUCAGUAUGACUUCAAGCUAGAGUAUCUGAAGGGAGAGUAUAACAAGGUUGCAGAUGCGCUGUCACAUAGGGCAGACUACCGAGGGGCGCUAAUUUAUGAGUUUGGUGUAUCUGAGGAAGUAACUCAAUCGUUGGUGGGAGCCUAUCAGGAAGACGCUGUCACGAUGGACAUCAUACGCAAGCUUCAGGCAAACGAUAAGGCCACAAAAGAUGAGUUUGUGAUGGUAGACGGGCUACUCUUUCUUGAUAAGGCCGAGUUUAAGAGAUCAGUAAUUCCAUCUAGUGAACGUUUGCGUAGUUUAUUCUUAGGAGAAUGUCAUGACGCAACCGGACACUUUGGCUACAAAAAGACGAGUGCCAAUCUAGUACAGCGAUUUUGGUGGCCUGGAAUGCUAGAAGAUGCAAAGAAGUAUGUGGAGACCUGUCAGUAUGAGAAGUUGCUACAGCAAGCUGUCGAGCACAUCAGGAAAUCUCAGCAAGCAAUGAUUGCUUUUGAGAACAAACAUCGUCGACAGUCCUCAUUUCAGGUAGGGGAACGUGUCAGGGUCAAGGCUAGUGAGCUAGGACAGGAAUUCGGAAUCUCUCGAAAACUAAUGCCUCAGUAUUUUGGUCCCUGGGAAGUCCUGGACAUAAUUGGGGAUGAGAUGGAUGGUCCUACCUAUGUUAUCCGUAUCCCUGGACACCUACGCACUCACCUUGUCUUUCAUGCCUCAAAGCUUGCACCUUUCGCUGAGACAGAUCAAUUCCCUUCAAGGAGAUCGAUGCUGCCCCCUGCGAUGGAUGGCCAAGUGGACAUCGACGACAUUGUGGAUCACAGAGACAUCCCUGUUCCAAAGCCACUGGGUCGAGGAAGACCUCCCAAACCCAAGAGAGAAUAUCGCGUCAGAUUCAGGCAUCAUACGGAUCCAAAAGAAGAUCGGUGGUUCACCAGAGAGGAACUGAUUGACACAGCUCCUCAAGUGGUGGCAGAAUAUGAGAGGAUGUUAAAAGGGAAGGCACCUGCGAAUGUCCACUCAGCAGGGGAGCGCAACUCCCAGGAUGAUGAAGAAGAGCAGCAAAUCGAUGAAGAUGAAGAUCUGCCACUUCGAAGCAGGCAUAGAGAAGCUGCUUCGAUGGCAGCUGUCAAAACCCCAAUAGGACAGCUAUGGAGGAAGCACCACGCAGAGCAGGGCCUGAUGUCCCUAGGCCAAUUCCGCACCAGCCAGGCCUUGCUUGCUGGCCCUGCCCCACCGAUUGACCGCGAGUAUCAACCGCGGCAAUCUCCAGCCCUUAACAGAGCACGCUGCUAGGUCUCUCGGCCACCAUCGUGGUUUUAGCCCCCGAACAGCGGUCCCUAGUAGCCUUGUAGGCUCUGAAUCGCGCAGCUUAACAGCCGCGCGUCUUUAUUUUACUGGGAUAAGCUCAAGUUCAAUAUCCUCAAUGACCGCGCCUCCCUCUUUUUAGCUGACUUAGGUCCUGAAUCGCGCGACUGCUAAGCUAGGUCUAACUUUGGCAAUCCCAUGCCCGCAUGCUUUUGCGCCCUCAACAAAAGCAAAGCACUGCC